AGUACCCGUUCCUACUUCUCACCCGUCCCUCGCUUUCUCUCUCUCUUUUCCCGCCCUUUCUCUUCCCGCAUCUCUACGAAUACCUGUAAACCACCAUCCCUCCCACCGCUUCUUCCGCUACUCGUACCAUCCCAUUACCGCCUCUUCAAUUAAAACUCGACUUCUCUCUAGUCUACCUGCCACCCUCCAUACAACCUACUCUUUUAUUAUCCUGGUAUUUCUCCGUUGCACCUCGACAUUCCUAUCGACAUUGUUCAAAUCCUGCAACAGCAUAGACCAAAGCUCCGGCCGAACUACCCUGAUCAGCUGACGCCCCGUCAUUGUUUUGCCACAUUUGAUUAGCUGUUCACCCUUCGACUCACUCGACGAAGCAGCCUUACUUUCUUCUCAUCUUCUACCCAGGAAACCCUUCUACGAAUCGGAUCGAGUUGCAAUCAUGUCGACAUUUUACUACGCCGGUCACCAACAGCACCAAGCCCAGAAUCCUCACCCGAUGCCGCAGUCUCACAACCACCAUGGCCGCUCUCGCCGGGCACCUCGCAUCUCUUCCGCCCAAAACAACCAGAGACAAUAUCGAGCCCCCAAGGCGGUGAAAGAGGCGGUCAUCAACGAGGCUCCUACCCUGGCGGCCUACCGACAACGAUUCGAGGCCGGACGAUCUUUCGACCUGGAUGACGACCUGGAAUUCUGCCCGAACCUGCUAAGCUACGAUGAGGUUGGUCUUGAACCUCUGUUCCUGUCGACAUCUUUUACUGACUAUAAGAAGCGCCAGUCGGUAACUUCAGGAUCUGACCGAUCUUCAUUGUCAAGCGGUUCACCGGAUUCUUCGCCCCUGCAAUCCCAGAUUCAACCCCAACAAAUCACUCCUUCGCUCUCCCUCUCCUCUGCCGCAACAUCGGCCUAUGUGUCACCACCAUCAUAUACCAACAACAACAAUCACCUCAAGAUUCACCAACCAUCGGCGAUCCGUUCUCGCAACAACGCCAUUCCAAUUGUAAACCCUUCCACCGGCAACCGCAUUGCAAGCCCACCAUCAUCCAUCUCCCCAGGCAUGAUGCAGCAGACCACCGCUGCCCGCCGGUGGUAAGAGACCUUGUUAUGCUCUCUCCUCCGUGCUGGUCGUUGGUGUCGCUGUAAUUGUUCCUGGGCUGGUCUGUGAUGUGGUCGUCUGCCUUUGCUUCGCCGGUGUUUAACGACAACCCUACUCACGUUUUUACCUCUUUACUUUGUACAUAUGUAUCUGACGACCUGAAAAUCUAUCAUUUCAUCGAGCGAAAGAAGGGUUUGGCGACUUUGACGACGUUUGACAUCAUACCAGCAGUUUUUGUCGCGAGCUACAGGAAUAGGGACCCGGGGAGUAUGGUGGCACAGCGAUCCCAAAAGACAAAGUGUGUUUUAGCAUGGAGUUCAUCGAGCAUAUUCAGGUCAGAUCAAGAGAUCACGAUAGACGACGACUAUCAUCUGCAUUAUCGGCGGUGUUUGCCCACAACAUGGAUUUUGGGGAUUUUGGGUUUUGGUUUUGAUUUUUGGCUUGCACAUUUGAUUUAUCGGUUGGUUAUGGGAGAUGAGAGAGAAUACAAAGAUACCAGACGGUUUUGAUUGGGCUUUGGGCUGGUUUAUGGUGACGCUGCAGCAUGAAACAAAUGCACAUCUCAUGGGUUGAAAUGGUUGGUUCUCAAAAUGAUGUCGAGAUUUCAUGGGAAAUCUUUCUCUUAUCCAGCAAAUAUUGGAUGGUUGAUAUAUGCCACCGCUCAUGAGGUGUAUUUCUAGUCAUAGAUGCUGAAAAUAUGAUUUCUCUUUUCUGUUCAACAA